AGAACGGAAGUGAAACCGUGUUGCGACGCACUUCUGUCAGAGAAGUUGUCCGUCUGUAAUGUGACAGGAGAGUAAGUUCAGGAGGACGACACACAGACACAGAGACAGACAGACAAACAGACAGACAGACAGACAGGAGCGUGAACUUUUACAGUCGACAUGUAUUGUUUGGAGGAGAACACUGUUGUGUUUGAGGAACAUAAACCUCAAACAGGAAGAGACACGGACCAUGUUUGGCCGAAGGACGCGCUGCAAAACAAGGCCUCUGCGACGCGGCACAGCAAUGAGUCUGUUGACUUGAUUCUCAGUGACGUCUCCAUGUCUCCUGAUCAGGACGAGAAGAGGCCGAUCAGAAGAGUGCGGAGUCCUUCCAGACCGAGGGCGCGGGGGUCCAGUUCUUACAAACCAAAGUUUGAAGGGCACUUCUACAAACAGUGUUACACAAAGAACGAACAUCCCUCCUACAAACCGGGCUCCGGAAGCCAGAGGUACCACCACUCCAGUUCGCGGGCUUUCCUGGACCGGAGACAUCACUUGCACCCUAAACCUCACCACAGCGUCCUGAGGGACAGGGAGCGAGAGAAGGAGAAGAAGUGGCAAGAGUGGCGAGAAAUUCCUGAUGAAAUUUCACCGCAGAAGAAAGACAACACUACCAGACCGUUACCCAGAUCCAACUCCAGCAGAGACAAGGACAUGCAGUUCACUAAUGACUGGAACCGUAACAGGGAGCAAGAUCACAGAGGGUCCAAAGGCAAAGAGGGGGAACAAAGCAGAGAGCGGGAGCCUCCUUUAACUGUGAGCCAGGCGGCGACAACACGAGGCCGAGCCAUCAAAAAGAGGAGGAGAGAGCUGGAUGAGAUGUAUUACCAGGAGUGUGAAAUGUUUGUAGUCGUUACAAAGAUGCUCAUAGAAAAGGAUCCGUCGCUGGAACGUCCCAUUCAGUCCGCGCUGCAGGAGAACCUCCGAGACAUCGGCAAGCGCUGUGUGGAAGCCAUGGAGAAGUUUAUAGAUAGAUAUGACUCGUUGCACUAAUCCGACAUGCUACCUCUGCUGUUUGUGUAUAUAUAUGUAGUGUGAUUUUGUAUCUGAUGAUUUGAUUCUGAUCUGAUCUGAUCUGAUCUGAUCUGAUCUGAUCUGCUGCCUGGACGAAGGCCUGGUUCACAUCAGACUUUCUGCAUGUGUGAGUGUCUGUAUUUGAGUUUCAGCACAGAUAGACAAAUGGAAAAAGAUAUUGAUACUGACAUUCUACCAGCAAUAUUGCAUAAAACUGUCGCCUGUGACAGAAGUUUUAAUGUCUAGGUUGAACCUGCAUACAUUCAUUCAUUCAUUCAUUGUCUACCGCUUCAGCCUCCACAUGAGGAACAUGAGCCAAAAAACAAUUCACUCUCACAUUCACACCUACGGUCAGUUUAGAUCAUCCAUUUAACCUCUGCAUGUUUGUGGACUGUUGGAGGAAACUGGAGAAAACCCAUGCACGCACUGGGAUAACAUAACAACUCCACACAGAAAGGCCAUUGGUAGAGCGGGGAUUGAUAAGUGGUGGCUACAACUACAGGAAAACCCUAAGUAGAUUAUAAUUAUAUCAGGUGAAGGGAAGAUUCUCUCUCUCUUUUUGUUCAUCUGGUUGAGCAAAAAUCAUGUGAUGUUUACACCUUUUCUGUAAAUAAACGUUUUAUUGAUGUGGCAGCGAUGCACGAGCCAUGCAUUCAGUGUGAACCAGGUCGGAAUCCACAAUUGAAUAUUUUAUACUGAUUCUGGCUGUUGGAAUGUGAUGAAUGUGAUGAAAGAUGCACUGGCUGUACUGCGUUAAAUCAUGUUUUUUUAUUUAAUUUGUACAAAGCAUAUUAAACCUUUAUGAUGCUGAAAAUA